UCCAAGACCACAUAAAUACUAUGCUACUUGAAAGUCGAAACAACGAAUUUCAAUUUGAAGCGGGAUACUGAAUUGGAAUCGGAUACGCAGAGGAGCACGGUGAAUGAUGGAUGAACCCGAAGAACUCGAGCCCUUGUUUGAUUACAGUCGCGUGCAACCCCUCAACAAUUUCGUCUGUCUCGACGCAGAUGACGAAGAUGAGGAUGUGACUUGUGCUGCUAAGAAGAGGAAGAGUUCUAAGCCUGUUGAGAAUGAGAAGAAGGAAACCAAUGUGAAAGGGGUGGAAGUUGUGGACAUUGAGGAUGAUGAUUGGUUGCCUCCCCCGCCGAAAGUCGUCAGUAAAGCUCAGAGAUCCAUUGAUGAGGAUUCAAUUGUCAAGAAAUUGAGAUUGAAGAAGCAGGAGCUUGUUUCUUUUGCUGAAUCAGCUGAAGAUUUGUUAAAGAGUGUUGAGGAGUCUGCAAAUUUGGAAAGUAGUAAUUCAUGUGAGUCUUCCACGGACAGUGUAAGUGACAAAGCUCAAAAACCUUCUGAAAGAGCAAAGAUUCUCAUCUCUGUCCAAGACAAGGAUGGAACAAAGCAGAUUCGUAUGUUCAUGGAUGAUACAUUUGAAAGGAUUGUUAAAACGUAUGCUGAGAAAAUAAAGUGUGACCUGAAACAGAUUGUAUUGUCCUUUGAUGGUGAUAAAAUAAGUCUGUCUGAAACCCCUGCUAGCCUUGGGAUGGAAGAUGAUGAUAUAAUUGAAGUUCAUGUGAAGUGAAGUUGAUCUAGGUUACCUUUUUGAUUCAGGUGAAGACCAUGGAGCUCAAACUGACAUUCUGCAGCCUUGUUUUGUUGUCACCUUACCAAAGUAUACUAUUUGUUAUAUCGUUAGUAGGUGAAAAACAAUGAUUUUGUUUGAUAUAUUCGCAAUAUCAAGCCUAAUUGUACAGCACAUGAGCUCAUAUUUUGACGAAACUGUCUCAGAACACUUUCUUGGUAGAAAUCUUUGGUGUGUGGUAUAGGUUUGUGAAUGUACAGAAACCAUCCUAUUGUUGAUUUGGAUUACUUUUUGAAUUCA